AUGAAAAUAAAAAGCGCUCACAAAGGAUUUACAAAAAAAUCCGGCCGGAAAUGGGUGAAACUUAUUAAGGAUCCGCAUGUAGCCGAUCAGUAUACGGGUCUUUUGGGCGUUGAAAGAGCACAUCCUUACGACGAGGGCAUAUUUACUUGUCAAGUGGAGGAUUUCAAUAUGAAAGAAUGUCUGUCCAAAGAAGUAUUAAUAGAAAAGAAACCCUCCAUUAAGAUUGAGCCAGUAAACUUGACAGUGAAGAAGGGCGAAAAUUUCACUAUAAAGUGUGUAACUACCGAAGAAAGUCGUGAUGGUUCGAAAUAUAUUUACAGUUGGACAAAAAAUAAAGAAUUACUGCCAGUACGGACCGAGUUCGAAAAGUAUGAAGUUUUGUAUCCCUCGGGAACGAUAUUGCAGGUGAAAAGUGCGGAGGAAAUUAGAGCAGCUUUUGAACUGGUCAACGAACACCUAAGCCUCGUUGGAUCAUCACUCGUUAGUCCUAACAACAAUUUAUUUCGCAUAUCUAUGAACACGAUUGAUUUAACUAUACUAAAUCUUACUUAUUACCAUUCUAACAAAUAUUUCCAUAUACCUAAUAACUUUGACAAACCCAUGACGCAAUGGUUAGGAGUUCAGAUUUCUGGAACGAACAUUCUUGUUAAAGAGAAGAACUCACGACUAGCUGCUGGAAUUAUCUUUAGAAACAUUUCCAAUUUUAUGCCACCCAGACUCUUCAUUAGAAUAAAGGACGGUUCAGAGCUUGAAUAUGAGAUUUACUCCCAAAUUGUGACACUUCUUCCUCUUCCAGAAUUUUUCGAAAUGUAUCCAAUAGCUAUUGACUUUAAGCACCAGUUAAACCAUAAAAUGAACUGGAGCGACGAUGAAACUUGGAGCGUAAAAUGCGGAUAUGCAGAUUUAUCCACGUUUACCUACUCUUGGAAUAUUUAUAGCUGCUACACCGAGGUAUUGAGUGAUUUAAAAACCAGAUGCAUUUGUCCAAAGCAUGGGAUUUUUGCAUUGCUCUUAACUUUGGCACCUAAGACCAAGACAGAAGAAACUACAUCAAAUGUUUUCUUUUUAAUACUAGCCUCUAUCGCCGGAAUGGUUCUUACAGUAAUAACAACAGUUUGUUUAAGUAUUUCGUGUUUUCUAAAACCAAAAUCAACGUUGACCAUGUUAAAAUUACAAUGUUCCUUUUCAAUGUUUCUGUUUGUGAUGAUCUUUUUAAUAGCUGUAGUUAUUGGACCAACUCAGUCAUAUUAUCUCUUAUUUCUAACUGGAUUAGAAACAACAAUAUUAUUGAGUUUAUCCAGUCAUUUGAGUAAGUUGCUCAUUAUUUUUACGGAAUUAACUGAGUUGCCAAAAUCGAUGACAUCGAAACAUACUGUUACAGGAAUUAUCUCAGUUAUAACUAGACAAGAUCCAGAAGUAGAGAACGAUUCCACGCCCCAUAUGAAACCCGAGCAGUUUACGAUGGUUAAUCGUGAUUCCACUAAACCCUCCAUCGUUGGAAAAUCUCAAAGUAUUGCCGCAACGUUUGAGAGCUGCCUCCACAACAUGCCAAACUGCGACAGUCGAUUGGAUGUCGCUGCCACGUCACAGAGGUAUAAACAGCAAGCGUCUUUGGAGUAUUAUAACUCCAGUCCCCAGAGUUUCAGAAAGUAUUCCGGAGCUACUACAAUAUGCUCGCCUGAUAUCUUAGCCAACAAAGUAUGUGUCGAACUUGACCUAGUAGCAUCGAGUCUUCAACGUCAGCCUAGCAGAUCAUCAAAAGUAUCGUCUACAGCCCCAUCAAUAAGUCCAGAUGAAGCAAUAGCCAAAAUUUUGGACUACUCCAAAGACACACCUUUGUCACUUCCGCCAGCGGAAGGGUCAUACAAGGAGCGCACUCAACCGGACGGCCACGACGAGAGUAUUAUUUGUGAAAAAGCUCUUAGUACCGUGGAGGAGGUCAGCGAAACCGAGAUGGAUUCACCAGAAGUAAGUGAAAAACCAUCUCCAGUGAACAGUGAAAAUAAAAUUGUAGUGCAAAGUAGUGCUAAUGUGUGUGAUGCCAUAAAAAGUGAUAAUCUAGACGGCAUGUUGGAUAGUAUUAGUCAAGAUCUGGAUUACUUGUUAAAUAAAAGUGACGAAGUGGCGAUUUCAACUUUAAAAAGAGUGUCUAAAAGCCAUACCAGCACUAUAGAUACUAGUGAAUUACCAGAAAGUGUAACUAUUAGGAGUAAGUGUUAG